UUUAGUUCUUGUUCGUUCAUGUAUCGUUCAAUUCGUUCAUGAGAUGAGACUACUGCAUUCUGCAUGCAUCUGCACUGCACUUCCAAUCAAUAAUUUAUUUCGUUUCAUUCAAUUGCAUCGUAUUGAUCGACGGUAUUGUAGUGGAUUGGUGGAGUUGAAAGCGCAAGGCAAACCCAAAACCAUAAUGGCGACAACGAGCGAGGCCCCCGAGGUGAAAUUUAAACCGAUCAAAAAGCGAAACCUUCGACAGCGUAUUAAGGACGAAGAAUCCGACGAUGAAGAGCAUAUUCUGGCAAAAUUAGAAGAGACGAAAGAGCUGCAGAAGCUUCGAGAACGUCCAAACGGAGUGAGCGUCAUAGCGCUCGCUACAGGUCAAAAAGUAACGAUCGAGGAAGAAGUAACAUGCAAGGAUCCGUUUAAGGUGAAAGCGGGGGGCAUGGUCAAUAUGCAAGCGCUGAAAAGCGGGAAGGUGAAGCAAGUGGAUGAUGCGUACGACACUGGCAUAGGGACGCAGUUCUCUGCAGAGACAAACAAGCGAGAUGAAGACGAGGAAAUGAUGAAAUACAUAGAUGAGCAGCUGGCGAAACGGAAAGAGGGACGCAACAAUGACAACAAAGAUUCGGAGCACAAUGACUCGCUCAAGUAUUUAUCUCCCGAAGAAGCUGCCUUAUUAUCCCUGCCCGAGCACCUCCGCGUCUCUUCCACUCACAGAUCCGAAGAGAUGCUCUCAAAUCAAAUGCUGAGCGGCAUCCCCGAGGUUGACUUGGGCAUUGACGCAAAAAUUAAAAAUAUUGAGGCCACAGAAGAAGCAAAAAUGAAACUAUUAUGGGAAAGACGAAAUAAAAAAGAUGGUCCGUCACAAUUUGUUCCAACAAACAUGGCUGUGAACUUCGUACAGCACAAUAGGUUUAAUUUAGAUAGUGAUGCAAAGAAACGGAAAGCAGAGAAGCCAGAGGCUCCAAAAACUGCUACGAGUGCUAUAGAUGAGAGUGUAGAUAAAAUUGUUAAGAAAGCGAAAGGUGAACGAGCAACAGAUGAUUAUCAUUAUGAGAGAUUUAAGAAACAAUUUAGGAGAUACUAAAAAUGACUAUUAUUCCAGACCUGUUAUUGAAACCUCUUUAAGAAUUGGUCUAUACCAAACAAUAUAUUUAAGGAGAACAUUAUUACUUUUAUAAUAAUGUUAUACAAAACGUAUCCCUUGACUUAUAAACACAUUUCUUGAAACCAUGGUUUUAUGUGCUCCAUUGAAAAGUGGUUGAUUGUUUUUCGUUUUUGACAUCAGGUUAAUUUCGUCUUUAUAAUUUGUAUUUUAUGGUUCUUGUUGGGUCAAUUUUUUUGCACUUCAUUGUUUGUGAUGUGGUAUCCUUUGGCAAGUUUAAUGUUCAGCUUUUCGAGCUUUCACAAUUGAAGGGAAACACCAAUAUGAAAAAACCACUGAAGAAGAGGAAGAGGAGAAAAAGAUGGGUACGCUAGCCCCAGCUGCCGGUCGCCUUCACUGCGGCCGCGGAGCCCCGCUCAAACGGUAUCACCGGGCUAGGAGCCGCGGGGUUGGAUAACGGCUGGUGGUGACAGGCUAACAAAUGCCGAACACAGCCAUCCACAAAAUGAUGGCGGAAGACAGACACAGAGAGAUAGGGCGCGAACUGACGCAGUCCCCACAGCGCCCAGCGCGGAAAAGGACUCGCACCCCAGUAUCAAUUUCAAACGAACAUCUAAUGAAAAAGCUAUUUUUAUGAUCUAAGUAAAAAAAAUCUGACACAA